AUGACAUGGAGCCAGUCAAACCCCAGACAGUUGGCCAGGGUGGAUGGAUCGUGGCUCCAAAACUCGUGGGGCACAUUAAAAAAAGGACAGGCGUCGGCGCUUAACUCAUGGUGGGACUGGCCAAUCCUCCGAAGUCCCCCACUUGCAUUGCUUCCACCAACGACCUGGAACUGUCCAAUGCUAUGCUUCAUGGUGCUUUGUGUUCGACAAGCUACAAUGAACUUCCGAGCUUUCCUCCCAAGUUCAGCCGUACAGUACUAUGGCUACAAAGUCGAUGCCAUGUGCCAUGGCCCGCUGCACGGCAUCAACGGCCUUCACGAUGGUGCUUCUAAACGCCCAGGGCUCGCAGGGGUACGACCAGGAUGUAGAACAAGCCAAUCAAUAACCCAAACCUCAGAACCCGGCGAACCCAGCAGUCUGGUCACGGCGGCUUUGGCAACGCUAAAACGAGCCGGUGGCCCCACCACCCCGGGUUGCAUGGAUUCUGUGCCCAUUUAG